AUGCAUCCUCUCCUCUCUGCCCUCCUCUUCCUGCUGGGCUCUUGCUGCCUUCGAGGCACAGAGGCACGACAAUAUGAGUCCRUCCUCACUGUGCCCAAUGGAGGCCUCUGGGGCACUUGGGGGAAGCCACAAUUUUGCCCCAAAGGCUACGCUAAGGGAUUUGAACUGAAGGUGGAGUCCAAGCAGGGAUUCUGGCUCUUUGGUGAUGACACAGCUCUGAAUGGCAUCCGCCUGCACUGCACAGACGGCACAACCAUUGAGUCCUCGGUGGGGCGGUGGGGAACCUGGACGAAGGCCCAGUUCUGCACCAGUAACAAGAUAAUUUCCUUCUCGCUGCGUGUGGAACCACAGCAGCAUCUGCUUGAUGACACAGCAGCCAACAAUGUGAUAUUCCUCUGCUCUGAUGGAACACAGCUGGAGGGUCAUGGACUUUCAGGGGGUCAAUAUGGCCCAUGGAGUGAAAGCUGCAAAUCUACAGCCGUCUGUGGGCUCCAGACAAAGGUAGAUAAACCCAAGGGAAGGGGGGAUGACACAGCUCUCAACAGUUUGAAAUUAUACUGUUGUGCCUAA